GGGAACACCCCGCCCUCCCGACCCGGCUGUGUGGAGCGAAGAUGGCCGGACCGGCCUCUGGAGUGGAGGAGCCGCCAAUAUCGGUGGCCGCGGCUUCGGUUUUGGGACUGUGACUCCGCGCGUGGUAGCGACCUGGGCCAUCGCAGCUGAACGGGCAGCGCAGCUAGCGGCUCACGAAGCUGGUCGGGCGCCGGUGCGCGGGCGCCCAGCAGAGGAUGCGCCGGGUGCGGCGGGCGGCUCCCCGCAGCCGCCCCCGCGCCCCGGGCGCCCGGCCUUAGUGCUGGCGGAGGAGGCGGCGCGCGCGGGGCGGCCGGGCGGCGGCGGGCCCCGAGCCGUCAUGCCUUGGUUGAGCGGCGGCCGGCGGCGACGGCGGGGACAGUCGCGGGAGGCCCAGCGAGAGCCACAGCCUCCUGCUCAACCCCAGCGGGAGCCGCCACCGCCAGCGCCCCCCGUCGUGGUCCCCGCACCCUCGGUGGUGCCCUCGGUACCGCCGCAGCCGCGGGCCCGUGAGAGCUCCGAGCUGCCGCUGCCCGCAGGCUGGGAGGAGGCGCGAGACUACGAUGGCCGCGUCUUCUACAUCGACCAUAACACGCGCCAGACGUCGUGGAUCGAUCCCCGCGACCGGAUAACAAAGCCACUAACCUUUGCCGAUUGUGUUGGGGAUGAACUUCCUUUAGGAUGGGAAACUGUAUAUGAUAAACAAAUUGGAAUUUAUUAUAUGGACCACAUAAAUAAGCUUACCCAGAUUGAAGAUCCAAGGGAGCAGUGGAGGCGAGAGCAGGAACGGAUGCUGAAGGAGUAUUUAGUGGUAGCCCAGGAGGCUCUCAAUGCCAAGAAAGAAAUCUACCAGAUCAAGCAACAGAGAUUUGAGCUAGCUCAGGAAGAAUAUCAACAGCUGCACAAACUGUGCGAGGAUGAUGGCCGCUCAUAUACUAGCUCCUUCUCUGGAUAUUCAACCAAUACAAAGUAUGAUCCACACCAGAUUAAAGCAGAAAUAGCAAGUCGCCGGGAUAGGCUUUCCAGAUUAAAACGAGAGCUGACCCAGAUGAAGCAGGAGCUACAGUAUAAAGAAAAGGGUGUGGAGACCCUACAAGAGAUUGACCGGAAGAUGUCAAGUUCUCACACCAACUACAAACUGGAUGAGGCUCAGGCUAUAAUGAGUGAACUCCGUACUAUUAAGAAAGCCAUUUGUACAGGCGAGAAAGAGCGGCGGGACCUGAUGCAGAGCCUGGCCAAGCUUACUGACAGCUUCAAGAAUAGCUGCUCCAUUAUGGACACUCUACAAGAUUUCUCUCACAGCACAGGCGCACUUGGUGACUCUGGUGUCCCUCAGCAGUUUUGUGAUGCUGGCUCCCAGACUGAUACUAUAGGGGAGUUUCUCUUUGAUGACAAAACAAGACUUGUAGGCCGUGUCAGACUUAACUGGCAGUAUGAAGAAGCUCGCAAAAGAGUCUCCAAUAUUCAGCAGCAGCUGGCUCAGCUGGCUAACGAGUCAUGGCCAGGCAUGGCCGAGGCCGACAGAGACCGGCUGCAGCUCAUCAAAGAAAAGGAGGCCCUGCUGCAGGAGCUGCAGCUCAUUAUUCAGCAGCCGAGGUCGGCAGAAGAUGUGGCCCGGCUGGAAGAAGAAAGGAGGCGCCUGGAGGAGGAGAUCCAACGUGCUCGGGCCACAUCUGCACAGGGAGCCACGGAAAGGAUUCUACUUCAGGAAAAAAGAAACUGUCUGCUUAUGCAGCUGGAAGAAGCUACACGUUUAACGUCAUAUCUCCAGUCCCAGUUAAAGAGCCUAUCUGCCAGCACCCUGACUAUGUCCUCUGGGAGCAGCCGUGGGUCCCUGGCCUCCAGCAGGGGCUCACUGGCCUCCAGCCGUGGCUCCCUCAGCUCCAUCAGCUUCACAGACAUCUACGGCCUCCCACAGUAUGAGAAGGCUGAUGCUGAGUGUGGCCAGCUUCUGCGCUUCGAUCUGAUCCCCUUUGAUUCCCUGGGGCGUGAUGUCCCCUUCACAGACCCACAGAGCCACUCGGGCUUCCACAAGCAGAGGAGGUCCCUGGAUACACCCCAGUCUCUGGCCUCACUGUCCUCUCGCUCCUCCUUGUCCUCUCUGUCACCCCCCAGCUCUCCCUUAGACACACCCUUCCUCCCAGCUUCGAGGGACUCCCCUCUGGCACAGAUGACUGACAGCUUUGAGGUGCAAGGCCUGGGAACACUGGACAGACUGCGGUCACAGGCCUCUACUCUAGGAGAUGAAGAUUUGCAGGGAACUGCGACACUUCAGCCACAUGGAAACCCUGUGGAUGGGGAAGGACCCCGUGAGCGUGAGCGGGGACCUCAACUUGUGGCUCCCACUAGUGGAACAGUGACCCUCCGGGAAGACAGCGCCAAGAGAUUGGAGAGGAGAGCACGCCGUGUUUCUGCAUGCCUGUCAGAUUACUCCCUUGCCAGUGACAGUGGGGUGUUUGAACCUCUAACCAAAAGAAAUGAAGAUGCUGAAGAGUCUCCUUUGGGAGACACACAUGGAAACAACGAGCCCCAGAUCUAUGUGGGAUUUCUGCAUGACAGUACAAAUGAAUAUCUCCUUGUGCAUGUGCUGCAACUGAGGAACCUUGCUGGGCUGGUAAUGAAGGAAGACUGCAAAAUCCACAUCCGCGUCUACCUGCCCCCACUAGACUCCGGCACUCCCAACACCUACUGUUCCAAGUCUCUGGAAUUCCAAGCUCCACUGGUGUUUAAUGAAGUGUUCAGAAUCCCUGUGCAUUCCAGCAUGUUGACAUUGAAAUCACUGCAGUUAUACGUGUGUUCAGUGAAUCCCCAGCUACAGGAAGAAUUGCUGGGCAUUGCUCAGAUAAACUUGGCCGACUGUGACAAUUCAAGCGACAUGCAGCUGCGCUGGUAUCCUGUGCAGGUCUUUGCCAGCCCUGAGCCGCCUAAGCCGAAAGAGCCUGUGAGAGUUAUGGAGAGUACCACACGGGACACCGUGCAUGCCAGCUCCGGAAAGACGGAUGCAGUGACAGUGCUGCUGGCCAGAACCACAGCACAACUACGAGCUGUGGAGAGAGAGCUGGCAGAGGAACGUGUAAAGCUGGAAUAUACUGAGGAGGAGAUCCUGGAGAUGGAGCGUAAGGAAGAGCAGGGAGAGGCUGUAUCUGAGAGGAGUUGGCAGGCUGACUCGGUUGAUAGUGGCUGUAGUAACUGCACCCAGACCAGCCCCCACUACCCAGACUCCUGUUACACUGGUGUGGACUCCAUCCAUGGACAUGUGUUUGCUGGACAGGUAGAUUCUUACAACCCUGAGAAACUUCAACCCCUGCCUGUUAAGAUUGACAAGGAGACCACCACAGAAGACCUUUUCAUGGGGGAUGCAGUGAAUGUUCGCAAGGAACGGCUUAGCCGCCGUGCCCGAGGUUCUCCCUUCGUCCGUAGCAGCACCAUUGUGCGCUCGCAGACCUUCUCACCAGGAGCAAGGAGCCAGUAUGUUUGCAGGCUUUAUCGUAGUGACAGUGACAGUUCAACACUGCCCAGGAAGUCCUCCUUUGUUCGAAAUACUUUGGAAAGACGAACCCUUCGCUACAAACAGCCCUGCAGGUCGUCUCUGGCCGAGCUCAUGGCCCGCACCUCCCUGGACCUGGAGCUGGACCUCCAGGCCUCAAGGACCCGGCAGCGGCAGCUGAAUGAGGAGAUUGGAACCCUCCGGGAGCUGAGGCAGCGUCUGGAAGAUGCGCAGUUGCGGGGCCAGACUGACCUCCCACACUGGGUGCUCCGAGAUGAACGGUUCCGUACCCUACUGAAGGAAGCGGAGAGGCAGACAAGACAGACCAAACUUGACUACCAUCAAGAACAAGUAGCUGAGAAGAUGCUGAAGAAGGCUUCCAAAGAGAUCUACCAGCUUCGAGGGCAGAACCACAAGGAGCCCAUCCAAGUGCAGACCUUUAGGGAGAAGAUAGCAUUUUUUACAAGACCAAGGAUUAACAUACCUCCUCUCCCAGCCGACGACGUUUGAUGUAGUGCAUUGUGCACAUGAAGUAUUUAUCUGCCUGUUUUAUUUUCAUGAAGUUCUUAGAUUAGCUAAAUUUGUCUUUAAAAUAUUUGUGCAAAGCUAUUAAUAUACACAUUUUGUAAAAAACAUAUAUCUAUACAUAUAUAUUUUCUAAUAGUGACGGCAACAGGGCUUGGUUUUUCCUUGUUGUGAAAUCGACAUCUCUGAAGACAGGUUAUUUUAUAAAAGAUCAACUAUCAUGUUAAGAGUGUACAGUUUUUACACUGUUUUAUUUGACCUAAAGGCUGGAAGACAGAAACGAAGUGAGUUCAGGCAAAUUCACUGUAUUGUAAUUUAUUUAUAGUACUUUUUUUCCUUGAUGGAAAAUACUGACUUUAAGGUGUAUUUUAAGACUGAAAUUUUGUUCUUCAGUAUUUGUCAUGCAGUAGAAUGGAACUUGGGGCCGGUUUUGUUUCUGACACCUGAAACGCAAACACUGUGUGCUGAAUUUGUCACGUGUAUCAGUUUCUCAUAGGUGCAUUUACCUUGUAUAUUGUACACUUUCACUCUCUGUGUGUUAUGUUCAAAUAUCAACUGCAGUGGUUCAGUCAUACUCUGCAAGCUGUGUAUGCGUUGUAGUGCCCAGUGUGCUGGGCACUGAUGGCUCCUUGUUGCUGUGUUGUCAUCUAAUGCAUCUUUCUGUGCUUACCACAAGUCUGAAGCUGGCAACCGAGCCCCCGGCAUCCCAGGUUUCAGCCUGCCUGUCCACUAGUGACUGGUGGCUGCUCACAUUGCUUACGUUUGUCAAAGCAUGUGCAGCUAUCUUUGCCACUCUGGCUGGUCUGACAGACAGCAGGGAGGGAAUGCUUUCCUGCUACCCACCCUACUGUUUUGUGAAGGAAAGUGAAAAGAAUGAGUACAACAGAGACUAAAGGCAGAGACAUAACCUUUGAAGGUGCUUUUUGUGUGUGUGGAGAGAAGGGCAUGUGGGUAACAUGGCUUACCCAGCAAGUCAUUGUAGGAGAAUAUUUGAGUUACAUCAGAAUGCUUCUCUCAUAUUGGAGUGAACCAAUAUUCCCCAUGGAAUCUUAGAACUAGCUCAUGAGGGAAAUUUUAAUGAAAUAAAAAUAUGCCAUGAUUCUUUUAAAUGCCAAACAAUUUAGUUUGCCUAGCACACAUUUAUUCUAUGUAAAUGUGUUUUCUUUCUGAGGCCUUGAAUGAAUAAAUGAAGUAAUCACAGGAAAUGUCAAAGAAAACAGAACUCUCUUCCUAGAUCUUCCUUCCCCUCCUUGGAAAUGCCCCUUUUAAUCAGGUCUCCUUUUUCAUCAUUCUCUAAACUCUUCCCUUGUAUAACCCACUUUCAUUUUUUCAUUUAUUAAAAAUGAAUUUUGUAAAAGCAUUUCAUUGACAUGCGACCAAUCACAGACAAUGGAAUUUGUCAGUGGUGGUAAGACUGAAAACCUUGUUUUUUUACAGUUGUCAUCUCUUGCUAUGCAUUCCUGUUUCUAGCCUUGCUUUUUUGCCCCCCGCAUCCCCCCCCAAUUUCCUUUUUGAAAGAACCUACAAUAGAGGUAGAGACCCAAGGCACCAAUCUUAGAGCAUUGCCAGUAGCAAGCAACAUUACUCUGCAGGCUCGCCCCCUGUGCCUGCAGAAUAUUGGGACCUUAACCUCCAGCCAGAGCCAACUGUGCCUGACACUGCCUCACAGAGACAGCUCUUCCCAGGCCACUCUCUACCUGGAAUGAGGUAGCUUUUCUGCCAACCUAAAUUAGGGAGCAACUGAGGAAAACCUACUAUGCCAAUACAAAAAAACCCCAGAUGUACUUUUCAGAAACAUCACUGCCUGCCUUCUACCAAUUUCUGUGGGGAGCAUUGUCUUCCUACUCAUACCCGACAGGAAACACAUGCAGCCUAAAGAGGAGCACCUAGGUUUGACACCUUUCCAUCAUAUCCCUCUCCCUGCCAUCUGGCUUUGCAAAGGUGAAUUGUGUGCAGGUGUAUUACAUGGGCUGUUUGCUGUCGUAGCAGAUAUGGUACCCAAUACCCUCACUUGCUUCCUUUUGGCAGCUGCCAACAUCUUAACACUACCAUGUCCAGAAGAUAUUGCCCACUUCAGGAAAAUGAAAGGCUGUGGGCUUUAGGAGGACAGGGGAGGUUUCCAUCUGCUGUGUGAGUUUGUAUAUAGGCUUAGCCUGGUGAGAAAGAAAACUACGGUCUUUGGGCAGCCCUGGUCAUGCAGCAACCUGAAUUUUGCUACCAGGGUCUCUGAAACAUCACCGAAUGUAAAAGGGAAUUUGGUUUUUCUGCUUUAUCUAAUCAUUGCAUUGUCAGACUUUGGUGAUUAUUGCUGAAAUAAGUAACCUUCUAUUGUGGGAAUAAGUUAGAAUCAGUAUUCAUCUCUUUGUUUUGUCACUGUUUUCUAUGAUUGUGUCAUUUGUAUCGUUUGAAAGUAUUUCUUCUAUAAAAUUAAACUAACCUGCCUUAAGAACAAA